AUGUCUAGACAUUGGCCAUAUCCAACGAAUUGCCUUAACACGAACCUAGAUCGAGAACGGGUUGUCGUACUAGGCUCUGGCUGGGCUGGCUAUACACUUGCCCGUGACCUUGACCCCAAGAAAUAUCAAGUUGUCGUUGUAUCGCCUCGCUCCUACUUUGUCUUUACCCCUCUACUCGCCUCAACCUCAACAGGUACGCUCGAGUUCCGCACGGCUCUCGAGCCCGUUCGCUCUCGUCGCACAAAGGUAGAAUUCUUCCAAGGUUGGGCUGAUUCCGUGGACUUUGUGACCAAGACGUUGAGAGUCGAGGAGGCUGUUGAGAAUCCAUGGCAAGCCAUGGCUUUGACGGCUGAUGGCCGCGAGGAUCAGAAUGCAAAUCAACUGGAGCAGGAGAAAGGUGCUGAGCCGAAGAAGGGUAAAAUGUUUGAGAUGAACUACGAUAAGUUGGUUGUAGCUGUGGGAUGUUAUUCUCAGACUUUUGGAACACCUGGUGUCAAGGAGAACGCAUACUUCCUCAAAGAUGUUGGUGAUGCCAGAAAGAUCCGUAACAGAAUGCUUUCCUGCUUUGAGACGGCUUCUCUCCCAACCACUAGCGAAGAAAUGAAGAGACAGCUGCUUAGAUUUGCUGUUGUCGGAGGCGGUCCCACUGGUAUCGAGUUCUCUGCCGAACUCCACGAUCUCAUCGCCGAAGACAUGGCCAAGAUCUAUCCAGACCUCAUGCAGUACUACAAGAUUUCUGUGUACGAUGUGGCCGAGAAAGUCCUCAGCAUGUUCGACGACAAACUCGCCAGAUACGCCAUUGAGCGCUUCACCCGCGAAGGCAUCGACGUAAAGACUUCUCACCACGUCAAAUCACUACGCAGAGGCUCACCCAAGAAACUACAAGAAGCAGACGGUGAUCAAGUAGUCAAGGACGACACGAGCUGCUACACUCUAGAGCUUCAGGAAGAAGGCGAAGUAGGCGUCGGCAUGGUGGUCUGGAGCACAGGCUUGAUGAUGAACCCAUUCAUCUCAAAGUCGCUCGCCAAACCCUACACCAUACCCAUUUCCAGUGCUGCAGUCGAAACACCCUCGGAUGCAAAGAGUUGGAACAUCUCCACUCACCCACGCAGCGGUGGUAUCAUGACAAAUGACCGCCUACGCGUGAUCAUGCAACCCUCUGACCAAGCAAAAGUCGGCGGAAAGGUCAACGGCAGAGCAAUAAUCAACGACGUCUACGCCCUGGGCGACUGUGCGAUCAUGGAGAACUCGGCGUACCCUGCUACAGCUCAAGUUGCAAACCAGAAAGCUCGAUGGCUGGCCAAACAGCUCAACCGCGAUACCAUCGACAGCAAUGCCUUCACCUACAAGGACUUGGGAGUAAUGGCAUAUGUGGGAAACUGGAAUGCUAUAAUGCAAUCUUCGGGCGGAGACGUGAGUGGAAGAGUCGCUUGGUUGAUCUGGAGGGGAGCGUACCUCGCAAAGUCGGUUUCUUGGAGGAACAGGAUACUUAUCCCUACAUAUUGGUUUGUGAACUGGUUGUUUGGCAGAGAUAUCUCGAGGUUCUGA